GGGAUACACGACUGUGAUGCUCCAUAUAACAUGAUUUUCGUAUGCGGUGGAUCCCUACAAUUACUUUAACUUUAGCUAGACAUCACAUUAAACAUCCACAUCUAUAAAAGGUGGAAGACCUGUCGAUUUGUGUGACCUUGCGCUGAAUGUCAUUUUAAAAGGAUUUUGAUCUACGCGAGAAAGCAAGACCGGCUGAAAGAUGGAGAUCCUCACUCAUCUCAUCAAUGACACUGUGGAGUUCUACAAAUGGGGACUGACCAUUGCAGACAAGCGAGUAGAGAAAUGGCCCUUGAUGGACUCUCCACUCCCAACGCUGGCCAUCAGCUCAUCUUAUCUGCUCUUCCUGUGGCUGGGGCCCAAGUACAUGAAGAACCGAGAGCCUUUCCAACUUCGAAAGACACUCAUUGUGUACAACUUCAGCAUGGUCUUCUUCAAUUUUUUCAUUUUUAAAGAGCUCUUCCUAGCUGCGCGGGCAGCAAACUACAGUUACAUCUGCCAGCCUGUGGACUACUCAGACGACCCUAAUGAAGUGCGGGUGGCGGCAGCGCUGUGGUGGUAUUUCAUUUCAAAGGGAGUGGAGUACCUUGACACAGUCUUUUUCAUCCUGCGAAAGAAGUUCAACCAGAUCAGCUUCCUGCAUGUAUACCACCACUGCACCAUGUUCACGCUGUGGUGGAUCGGAAUCAAAUGGGUGGCCGGAGGACAAUCUUUCUUUGGCGCCCAUAUGAACGCUGCCAUCCACGUUAUCAUGUACUUGUACUAUGGGCUUGCAGCCUGUGGACCAAAGGUGCAGAAAUACCUCUGGUGGAAGAAGUACUUAACCAUCAUUCAAAUGAUCCAGUUCCAUGUCACCAUUGGCCACACCGCUCUGUCCCUGUACAUCGACUGCCAGUUCCCACAUUGGAUGCACUGGGCUCUGAUUUGCUACGCUAUCACCUUCAUCAUCCUCUUCGGGAACUUCUACUACCAGACCUACCGUCGCCAGCCCCGGCGCGAGGCCCCCGCCAAAGCGGGCAAGUCCGUCUCCAACGGCGUUCCCAACGGGGCCGUCCCGAUGAGCAACGGAGUGGCUGGGAAACUGGAGGAGAAGCCGGUGGAGAACGGCAGGCGGAAGAGGAAGGGGAGGGCGAAGCGUGACUAAAAAAGGUGGGGGAAGAGAGGAGCGGGGCGAGCCGGUUUCCCUGUGGACUCUCGGUUGACCACAGCGCUGGAGAGAGAAAGAGGGUUGGUUGGUUUGUGAUGUGAGCUAAUGUGAUGUCGAACCACUCAUUGGUGAUGAUGUGGGGCUGCAAUAGGGGAACCAGCUGGUAUACGGAGGCUGUAACUGAAGGGAUUCUGGGUUUGGUGGGUGGGUCAUAUACAGUCGGGUUAAUCAUAGUCGAGGAUAUCGUGUUCAUUUAUCAUUGCAGAAAAUGCAGGAGUUUUCCUCCCUGUACAGCCAUUGUUUCUUUUGUGCUUUGUGUUAGGGCCCUGCUGUACAGGGAUUGGAACACACAUCACAUAGUCAGGCAUUCAUGUAGGGUUUAAAAUCCCUUUCAAUCAACUCACAUUAUGCCCCUCCAAUCGACCAGUGUUUGGGAAUUUCGUUUGAUUUACAAUUUUAUGUGUAUGCCUUUUUUUUACAUUCAAACAUAUCUCUUUUUUUUGUCUUUAUGCGAUCAAUCAUGUCUUGUUAAAUUAUGUUAGACUGUGUGUGUGUGUUUGUGUGUGUGUGUGUGUCUGUUUGUCCUCUCGAUGAGAUUUUGAGAGUGACAUUGAGAGCUUGUUUGUGUACAUUAUGUCUGGCCACAGUCAUGCCGCUGGAAUGUCAGUUGUAAAAGGAUGGCUUCCCCUGUAAUAUUCCCCUUAUGUUGGGGCUGUGUCUACCAGUUUUACCGAGUCACCGGAUAUCUUUGAACACAGUGGAAAUAUGAGUAUGAAGUACCAUAGCUAGUAACUAUUACUAGUAACAUAAGUUAUAUUAUAGAUAUAUAUGUAUAUUUCCACAAAGAAAAACAGAAAUCCUCUCUCAUGCAUUGGGACUGCCAAUUGAACUGUUACAAACCAAGAAGUUGUGUACUAAUUUUGACCCUUUGUCAUUUUGAUACAGAAUGCUACAGAUAUGGAAUGAUGUUGCAAAAUGUUUUGUAUUUAUUUUAUCAAAAGCUGUAAUUUAGAUAUUAACUGUGUUGUUAUUUGGCUUGGCAGCAACCAUGCAUGCUGAUUUGAAACUUAACUGCAAAAGAUUAGGUAUUAGAAAACAUCCCAUCACGCAGAAGAUUCACACUUGAUGAUGGCCGGGUUUCUACCAAGGGAAAUUAUAUCUUAAAAACUGGAACAAGAUGGCGCCCCAUUAACAUAGAGUACAUAUUAGUUUAGAAGGGCACUGUUAAUAAAGAUAAUUAGUACAAGCCUAACUGAACCACUGAAGGAGUGUGUGAUGUGCUAUUGUGUCUGUCUGUUGCAAAACAAUACUGAGCUCAUUUGCAGAACUCUGUUACAUGUCAAGCAAUGUGUUUAAUGCUAUAUGUCUUGUUCCUCCCCACUUUAUUUCUUCCAAAAUAGUAAUAUAAUACUUGAGAAUGGAAAUGUAUUAUUUGUUGUCUGGUGUUCCUAAAUAUUUAUUUUCUUUUUUUAAUGUUGUAUAUGCUGUGCAGUUUUGUACAUUGCGCAUUUGGGAAUAUGUAAAGGUCAGACAAGAGGACAUUUAUUCUCUUUUUUAAAUGACCAGCUCUGACAGCCUCUUGCUGUCGAUAUAUUAAACUGGAUGCCAAUGUAA